GAUAGAACACUGUCAUAAAUUAGGACAUCUUCAGAAUGUAUUCCAAACUUGUUUACCUUCUCUAGCAGCAUUUAUUUGUUGAAUAAAAUAAUUAGUAUUUUUUUUAUAUUGUUCAUUGUGUUGAAAAAGAUGGAUAAACACCAUUAUGGUACCAUUAUGCGACGAGGGGAUGAUGGAGAUCUUAGACGUUCCCUGCUUGUGGAGGAGGGUGGGGCAGGCUACUGUAGCUAUGAUGAUGAUGAGUUACAGGCAGCUUCUCGCUUGAGACGAAAACGUCAGAGAUUGCGAGCAUGCUUAUGGAUGAGCUGUGGUGUGUUCCUAAUUGCGAUGGUUGGCGUUGCUGUGUUUUUUCUGACCAACUCCGCAGCAACCAAGGGGGGUAAGGGGGAUAACCCCACACCAGAGAUGGGCAAAUACAGGCACGCUGCAGUGGCAUCUGAUGUGACACAAUGUUCAGAAGUUGGAAGAGACAUUCUAGAGAAGGCUGGAGGAAAUGCUGUGGACGCUGCUGUUGCUGCCCUCUUGUGCAUGGGGCUGGCUGACCCACAAAGCAUGGGUAUUGGAGGCGGCUUCUUUAUGACCAUAUAUAAUAGAACAACAGGUGAAAGCCACAGUAUCGAUGCCCGAGAGACUGCCCCCAUACAUGCCACUGUAGACAUGUACUACGGAAAUGCCAGUUCCAGUAAAGGAGGGUUAUCUAUAGCAGUCCCAGGAGAAAUAAAGGGCUACAAGCUUGCAAUGGAUAAGUUUGGGUCGUUGCCAUGGAAACAGGUGUUCACCCCAGCAGUUACCAUGGCAACUGAAGGUUUCAAGGUGCCAAAAUCCCUGGAAGAUGCCCUCAAUGACUUUAAAGCUUCACACAAAAAAGAUCUUAAUGAAAUUGUGAAAAUGUUUCCACAGUUUGGUAAGACUUUUGUAAACCUAGCAACGGGGGAUACAUACAAGCAAGGGGAGACAAUUAAGAUGCCAGAGCUGGGAAAUACUCUUCGUGUGAUAUCCGAGGAGGGGCCAAAGGCAUUUUAUAAUGGCAGUCUAACUGAAGACAUUCUACAAGAGUUUGCUGAUGCAGGAGCAAUAAUAACUAGUGAGGAUUUGCUUGGUUACCAGCCCUUAUUCUCGACAGCAUACAACAUGACACUGCGUAACAACAAGCACACGAUCUUCACCCCACAGACACCCUCAAGUGGAGUUAUCCUCAUGUUUAUCUUGGCUCUGCUAGAUGGUUAUGACUUCAAGCCAGAAGAUAUCCAGACCACAAAAGGGAAGAUUCUUACAUACCAUCGUAUAAUCGAGGCCUUCAAGUUUGCCUAUGCGAAGAGGACAGAUCUCGCUGAUGAAAUGUUUGUGGAUAGUGUUAAACAAUUGGUAGCCAAUCUGACAUCUCCGGAGUACAUUGACUCUAUCCACAAGCAGAUCUGGGACAAUCAGACCCACCCGUUCAUGUAUUACGGGCCCACGUUUUACCACGACAACAAGACAAGCACAGCCCACCUGUCAAUUAUAGACCAAUGUGGCAAUGCUGUCUCUGUUACCAGCACAAUUAAUGCAAGGUUUGGAUCAGAGGUAUUUGGCAACAGAACUGGCAUUAUAUGGAAUGACGAAAUGGACGACUUUGCGACAUCUGACAAACCCAAUGAUUUUGGUCUCUAUCCCUCCCCGGCGAAUGAAAUCACCCCAGGGAAGCGCCCUCUGUCUUCCAUGUGUCCUGCUGUGUUGGUUGAUUCUAAUGGAGAGGUUUCGAUGGUUGUCGGGGCAGCAGGAGGCUCCAGAAUCACCACAGCAACAGCAUGGGUUGCAACUCGAGUUUUAUGGCUUGGAGAAAGUAUAAAGCAAUCUAUAGACAGCCCUCGCAUACAUCAUCAGCUGUUACCCCCAGAGUUUUCAUAUGAACCAGGCAUAGAAAAGGCAGUUAUCGACGGCUUAGUUGCACUGGGCCACAAUGCCACACAAGUAUCACCUGGAAAGUCCAUAGUGCAGGGGGUUACACGAGGAGGAGACUUCCUGUACGCUUACAGUGAUGCCCGUAAGGGUGGGACGCCUGCAGGGUUCUAAAUGACGUCUGUGAUUCUUGAAAAAUCUUAAGCAUGAUAUGCUAAAGUAUCUUAUUUCAAUAAGCCAAAUUACUUACUUCAAUUUGAUUUAACAAAACACGCAAUUUAUUUGGAGUAUCCUCAAAAUAUUUUUGUUUUAAAUUUUCAAACUCUCUACAAGCAAAUAAUAACACAUAUCAUACCAAAACAACCAAAGAAUAUCUUGCUUGGCUAAAUACUGUUAUAAGGUAGUCAAUAAUGUUCGAAAACUGUGGGCCCGUUUCUCAAUGUGAUAUAUGGGUGAUGGUUAAAAAUAUUGCUUGUUUUUGUAUGAUUGUGUUUUCUAACACUUGCCAUUUGUGUUGGUGACCAUCUCACAUUUGAAAUCUGACAAUUUCCAUUAGUUUUUUUUCUACAGUAUCUUGACCGAAUUUACUUGAAAUCCUACCAGAAAUGAUCUCCAGUACAUAUUUUGGAACCUGCUCAGCCACAGUGAGGAUGUUCAAAUAGUGUAUUAUCUGGUCUUGUCUGAAUUCCAUUUCAUAACCUUAUAUCAAUGGUCUUCAUUGCUUUUGACUCUCACUAGAAUAUGAAAAUCCUAGUGAAAAUUAUUUAGAUAUACAUAGCAUAUUUACUAUGCAAGUGCAAUUUACACUGUCAGACUUGUUAUAACCCCUUUGUUUUGGGUUGUUUUUUUGGUUUGAUUCAACAGAAUCAACCUUCCAAAUUAAACACAAGUGAUGUCAUGUUGUUAAUUUACAACAUUUUGUUCAGAUGAAUGUGUAUUGUGUUAAACUUUUACAAGCUUUUACUAUAUUCUUUACUUUCUACUGUAUUUUUAACUCAUUAUAGAACAAAUGUAUGAUUGUUGUUGAUAUUCUAUUCUAUCUAUUUAUUUAUUCCUUUCUCAUUUAUUACUCAGGGUUUAUGUAUCCACCUAUUAUGUCUUCGAUGAAUAGUUAAGAUAAUAUGACUAAAACAUAGUAACUGUUCUUUUCGGCUUAUUCAUGCAUUCUAUACGCUUUAUAUAUACCGGAGUUUUUACAUUUUGGCUCAUACAGGCGUGUUCUUUUGGGUGUUUAUAAGGGGUUUGUUUUGUAUGAUUUAUUUCUUACAUUAAGCUGUAUGUUUGUUUAUUAAAACUUCUUAAACACUGUAUUGAAUAAGUUUAUAUGAUAUUUAUAUUUUAUGGAUAUUAAAGUGGAAAUGUAUGAGGGGAAAUCUGUCAGUGUGACUAACUUUAUAGUUAAUUUACAAUAUUUUUUAGAGAUAAGUAUUGUCUAUUAUUAAUGCCCUUAGAAAUUAAAUUGUUCUAUUAAUGAUAAACUUCUAUAUGUCUAGGUCAAUACAUAUAUGUACAUGAAUUUCAGAGGGCAUUUAUUACAUCCAGUGAUGAUUUGUUUGUACACAAUGAUUUUUUAUGGAACAAUUUUCUUAAAUUUAUUCCCGAUCAAAAAAUUGUUAAUUAUCCCGAUUAUGUUUGACAGCUCAACACUGUGUAGGCGGUAUUGCAUAAUAUGUAAAGAGGAGUAAAAAAUGCAUAUCAGAAACAAGUGUGGACAUUUUUCCAUACUUGGAACGCUCAGGCGGUGAAAAAAUAUUCAAGAAAAAUCACUGGAAUAUCCAUUAUUAGUACCGGUAUUAAUGCAUUGUAUGUUAGCUAUUGUACAUUGAUUCUAUUAAUUCUAAGUAUUAAAUUAUUCUACAUUCCAAAUAAUUGAUCAUUCCGAUAUUGUUAUAUAUUUUCAUUGUUUGUCUGGUAUAUUUGUUGUUUUAAAGAAAUCAUGCAUGUAAAUAUAAGAUUAACAGCUUU